AGAAUAGAAGGGGCUAAGAAGUGAACUUCCGCCGGUUAUCGGAGCUCUUUGAAAGCCCUAGAGAGAAUUUCUGUAACUGAUUUAGCGGAGAAGGCGCCCUCUUAGGGAAUGCAGAGAGAUGAGAGGAGCUUUGUUGACAAGAUUCAUCUCUAGUGGUCGAGCUGGCAAGUGGAUCGGCGGCCGGAACUGUCACCGGAAACACGUCGAAGACGGGUGAUCCAUUUUCUCCCUUUCUCAUCCUCCUCAAUUUUCUCUUAUCUCUACGCUCUAAUUAAGUAGGAGAAGAAAGGCGUGAAAGAAUCGUUUGUAUAUUUCUAUUUUAAAUUUGAAAAAAGAUCGAAUCAAUGGCGGAAAAGGACAGAGACGGUCAGUCUGGUGUUCUCCAUGGAAAGUAUGAACUAGGUCGGCUUCUAGGGCAUGGUACUUUUGCGAAGGUUUAUCAUGCCCGGAAUUUGCAGACGGGGACGAACAUGGCGAUGAAGGUGGUUGGGAAGGAGAAGGUGAUAAAAGUAGGCAUGAUGGAGCAGAUCAAGAGGGAGAUCUCUGUGAUGAAGAUGGUGAAGCAUCCGAAUAUCGUCGAGCUUCAUGAGGUUAUGGCGAGCAAAUCGAAGAUCUAUUUCGCGAUGGAGCUUGUUCGUGGCGGGGAACUGUUCUCCAAAAUUUCCAGAGGCCGAUUGAGAGAAGAUGUGGCUAGACUUUACUUUCAGCAGCUGAUUUCUGCGAUCGAUUUUUGCCACAGUCGUGGAGUUUAUCAUCGGGACCUCAAACCGGAGAAUCUUCUUCUCGACGACGACGGAAAUCUUAAGGUAACUGAUUUUGGACUCAGCGCAUUUUCAGAGCAUCUGAAACAGGAUGGACUGUUGCACACAACUUGUGGCACGCCGGCGUAUGUUGCGCCGGAAGUUAUUGGGAAGAAGGGAUACAACGGCGCCAAAGCUGAUCUGUGGUCAUGUGGAGUCAUCCUUUACGUUCUUCUCGCCGGAUUUCUCCCAUUUCAAGACGACAAUAUUGUGUCGAUGUACAGGAAGAUUUACAGAGGAGACUUCAAGUGCCCGCCGUGGUUCUCACCGGAAGCCCGUCGAUUAAUAACGAAACUCCUGGAUCCGAAUCCGAGCAGCAGAAUUACAACAUCAAAGAUCAUGGAGUCCUCCUGGUUCAGGAAAUCCACGCCGAGGACUGUAAUAACAAAAGAGGAGCAGGAAUUCGACGAGAGCAAGGAGAAAUUGAAGCAAUCGGAGACGUUAAAUGCCUUCCAUAUAAUUUCCUUAUCGGAAGGGUUCGAUUUAUCACCGUUGUUCGAGGAGAAAAAGAGAGAAGAGAAAGAGGAGCUGAGAUUUGCGACGACAAAGCCGGCAAGCAGUGUGAUAUCGAAGCUGGAAGAGGUGGCGAAGGCGGGGAAAUUCAGCGUAAAAAAGAGCGAAUCAAGAGUGAGAUUACAGGGUGAAGCGUGCGGAAGAAAAGGGAAACUAGCGGUGGCGGCGGAGAUCUUCGCCGUAACGCCGUCGUUUCUGGUGGUAGAGGUGAAGAAAGAUCACGGGGACACGUUAGAAUACAGGCAGUUCUGCAGCAAAGAGCUCCGGCCGGCGCUGAAAGACAUUGUGUGGACAUCACCAACGGAGAAGACAGUGUCGGGUUGAGAGUCUAAACGUUAUUAUAAUCUGUAGCGCUUUGAAUUUCUUUGUCGAUUUGACAGAAAUUGUUGGUGUUUAUGUGUCAGUUUGAAUGUUAUUAUCAAUAUCAAUCCUCUCAUUUUCGUUUA